AAGAUUAUAAUCAGGCCGGGGUUAAAAAAGAAACGCCUGGCGUUGCGUCACGCACGUGCCUGACAAGCAAGAAGGCGCAGGAAUCGACCAUGAAGCAGCUUGUCGCCCUUGGACUCUUCAUCUAUAUACGAAACUGCCUUUUCGUACAGGGUGCUGUAGUAGGAUCAUGCAAAUCAUCACAGUUCUUGUGCUCCAGUGGUCAAUGUGUCCCUCGUAUAUGGGUGUGUGAUGGAGAUGAAGAUUGCAAGGAUGGCAGUGAUGAAGCCAACUGCUGGGAAAAGCCCUGCUCAGGUUUUCUGUGCACGGAUGGCGGCUGCGUUGGUAACGGCUCUCUCUGUGACGGGAGCUCUGACUGUCAGGAUGGGUCAGACGAGCUACAGGAGAACUGUGGUCAAACUGAAUGCAAGCAGGAUGAGUUCACCUGCAAGAGCAGACACUGUGUGUCGCUGGAUUCGCGCUGCAAUGGCAGAGACGACUGUGGCGACGGGAGUGACGAGGAAUCGUGCCACAGCUGUAUGGAUGACUACUUCCUCUGCCCCCGGUCGGGAGGCUGUUUGCUCAGGGCCCAGGUGUGUGAUGGCAGUCCCGACUGCCCCGAUGGUGCCGACGAGCGCCACGGCUUGUGCCAGCUACCCCAGCAAACCCACCACGGCUGUCCUGAGUUCAGCUGCUCAGAUGGGCAGUGUGUUCCCCAUUCCUGGAGAUGUGACCACGCCCAGGACUGCGUGGAUGGGAGUGAUGAGCAGGACUGUGAUCAAAAUGAGUGCUUGGAUAGCAAUGGCGGAUGCUCUCAUCUGUGCAUAGACCAGCCUUUGGGCUUCGUGUGUGACUGUCUCCAUGGCAUGCGGCUGGUGCGGGACACCCAGUGUGAGGAAAUUGACGAGUGUCUGGACACUGACUUGUGCGGUCAGUUGUGCUUCAAUGAAAAUGGGACCUUCACCUGUGACUGUCAUUCAGGUUACUUGAAAGGUGCCAAGGCUGGGGAGUGCAGGGCUGGUGGUGACAAGCCCCUGCUGGCCUUCAGCAGUGCGGACGGGGUGUGGCGGAUGGAUGCUGCUGGAUUAGAAUCUCGGAAGCUGGUGGGGGGUGAUCUAGGGUCGGCCCCCCUCGCCGUUUUCACCGCAAACCGCACUCUAUACUGGGCGGAGUCCAAGACUGCUUCCAUUUACAUGAUUUCACUGGACGAAUCCUCCGGGAAGCCGCACCUUGUGCUGUCUGACCUUGGGGAGGUCAUGGGGCUGGCUGUUGACUGGCUGCAUUCCCUUCUGUAUUGGACCGAUGCCCUUGUGGGUUCGGUCAAUGUGGCCCCACUAAAUGGAGACCGACGACGGCUUCUGAUUGGUGGACUGUCCACCCCAACAGGGAUUGCUGUGGAGCCUUUGUUGGGUCUCCUGUUCUGGGCAGAAACUGGAGGCUUUGCCAGGAUUGAACGGGCUGGUAUGGAUGGAGAGGACAGACUGACAGUUGUUGGCUCAGGACUGCACAACCCUAUUGCGAUCUCUCUGGACACUCCUCGCCGUCUGCUGUACUGGGCAGACUCUACGCUGCGCACCAUCUCGCGUGUUGGAUUUGAUGGGAAACAUCGCAAGACCGUACUGGAAUCAAACGGACACCUGGACAGGCCUUUUGCACUUGCAGUAUUUGAGGGGAAGGUGUUCUGGGGCGAUCAGGAAACCCGCACACUGUGCAGCGCAGACAAGCACAAUGGCAGCUCCUUCAAAGUCCUUUUGUCUGACAUCCGCUCCCUGGGGGGGCUGGUCGCGGUUCACCCGCUGCUUCAGCCAGAGGCUGCGUCAGGUGCUGGUGUUUGCGGCCAUCCUGGGAAGGUCUGCCCCUUUCAGUGUGUCCCCCGGCUCUUUGACACCAACCCCCCCCACUUCUUCUGCUUGGUACCUGGAGACGACGUUGCUGAAGGACAUAAGAAGUCUGCCGUUCUUUAUGAUGCCACCUUCGCAGAGAUUCUUUCUUUAAUUGUAUUGCUGAGCGUGCUCCUGGCCGUAUUGGUGCUCUGGUGGUGGAACACAGAGUUCAGCUGCCCCAGGAGUCGCCUUCUGCACCCCACCAUCUCGCUGAAAGAAUCCCAGGAUCCUCUUGUGCCAGUUCUGGUCCCUGAUAUGUAUUCCUUCAAGGAUGCCCAGCUAAAGGUGGAAGAACGGUGCCAUAUGUCCAUUUGAUCCAGCUGCCGUCUGAUGCUCCUCUUAUCGUCCAUUGUUACGUGCCGUAACAAUGGAUCCCUCAUCCAUUGUGUGUUGUCCUGAGGCCGGUGAUAGGGUUAUGUAUUAGCACUUGCAACAUAAUGGUUGUUUAAAUUUUUAUUGUGCUACUGUAAAGAUACACGCCGACAAUUGACUGACUGUGGUUUGUGGUUGAGCCACAUAUGCAACUCCGCAUUUCUCAUGAGGCGGCUAAGGGCAACAUGAGCAUGUGCAACCUAGGAAAAGCCACAAGGGGGCAACAGGAGCUCAGUUUAGGGGAACACAGAAAAGCAGAUCCAGUGAAAUUUUGUAGCUGUAGAAUGCCAUGGUUGACUCUGGUCCUUCAGUCAGAAUCCUGUGGCUUUUUGGAAGUGUUAAGAGCUUCAUUUAGGCACAAGGUUCACUCCACUCCUGACCUAGACUGUUUGUUUCAUUUGGGGUAUUUAUUUAAAAUGUGUAUCUUUUUCUGAAUUUAAGGAAUAAUGAAUAACUUUCCGUUUAUUCUGUAUAUGUAUUCCAGUUGAUAAGCAGUAAGUUUGAACAACUAAUGGGGAAAAAAACAAACAAUUAUGAAA